CGCAGCAAGUGCCGCAUCCGCAUCGGGGGGCACCUGGAGCGCUGGUGCCGUCUCAAGGAGCAGCUCGGCUUCGCCCUCCACUCCCAGUUGGCCCAGUUCCUCCUCGACAGGUACAGCUCCCACGGCUGCGUUUGGAGGCCCGCAGGUGAGCCGGAGCCCAACCUUCUCCACGCCGAUGCCCUGCAGCGCCUGGUCGUCCUGUCCCAUGGUCAUGGCCAAGAAUGUGGUUUCAUCCCUGACGUGAAGCUCCCGGUCCCAGGCAGCACGUCCCAGCUGGUGUGGGAGUGCGUGGCCGGGCACAGCUUCUCCUGGGGUGUCCCUGAGGCAGCAGGGGACUGUACCCCCACAACUGGCCACCAUGGAGAGGAACAACGGGGGGACUCGGGGUGCAGCUCCCCACCGGCAAUUGGCCGCCGGCGUUCGCUCCGGCGAGCAGGGCUCGCCACCAAGUCCGGCUCUGGGAAGGGCGAAGCCGAACCAGAGGGAGCAGCUCGGUCACCUGUUGGUGAUGGGGACCAGAGGGAAGAGCUGGGAGCUGGUAGUGAUGAUGGUGAUGAUGGCAACGCAGCUCCCCAUGUGCCAACGGAGACAGGGACCACGGCAAAAGAUCACGAGAGCGUAGUUGUCCCAGAGGAGAAAGUGGAGCAGGGGGCUGAGCCCCAAGAAGAAGAGGAGGAAGAGGAGGACGAGGACUUUGCUGAGGAUGAUGACCUCACCUACACCGAUGACCUGCGAGAUGAGAACUACCACCCAUCUCUGGACAGUGACUCUGAGCCACAGCGACGACAAAGCCAGACCAAAGCCCGUAAGAAACCUGUAAAGGAGGAGCAGCCCCCAAAUGAGCGGAGCCUGACCAGCUCCAGCCCAUCGGAGGAGAAAAGCGAACGAGUCAGCUGCAAGCGGCGAGCGCGGCCGUGCGACGAGGACGUGGCCCAGAUCGGCCCGAAGAGGAUCAGGAAGGCGGCAAAGCGCGAGAUCCUCCUGUGCGACUUUGAAGGCUGUGGGAAGAUCUUCUCCAAUCGCCAGUACCUGAACCACCACAAGAAAUACCAGCAUGUCCAUCAGAAGACCUUCACCUGCUCGGAGCCCAGCUGCGGCAAGUCCUUCAACUUCAAGAAGCACCUCAAGGAACACGAGAAACUCCACAGUGACAAGCGGGACUAUAUCUGCGAGUUCUGCGCCCGUUCCUUUCGUACCAGCAGCAACUUGAUCAUCCACAGGCGCAUCCAUACAGGGGAGAAACCCCUGCAGUGCGAGAUCUGCGGCUUCACCUGCCGCCAGAAAGCCUCCCUGAACUGGCACAUGAAGAAACACGACGCCGACUCCUUUUACCAGUUCUCCUGCGACAUCUGUGGCAAAAAGUUCGAAAAAAAAGAUAAUGUCACCGCUCACAAAAGCAAAAGUCACCCCGAAGUGCCCAGCGGACACCCUCAAGCCGAGGGGGGCCAGCGGCAGACGGUGCCAACACCACUGCCCAACUUCAGGGCAGGGAUUCAGGCAGGGUCGGAGCACCCAGAGGCAUCCAGAGCGUUGGCCACGGAGCCCCAGGAGAUGCCGGGGUUUGGGGACGUCCUGGUGAGUGGUGGUGAACCGGAGAAGACCCCACCUCCCAUUGCAGCCUCGGCUGAAUAUCAGGGGGGUAUUGGGCAGGAUCCAGGCAUGCCCCGAGGCCGAGUGAUGGACGGCGUUGACUCGUAG